GCUGAGAUAGGCUAACAAAAUGAACUACUGUAUGCAAGAAAUAUAUGAAGUGCACCCAGCUGCUGGUAGCAAUUGCUACAUGCAGUCCACUGAUUAUUGCACAUAUAUUGAAGAGAAUCAGGGUUACAGCAGUUGUGAUGCUCAGGUCCUGCACAGUAACAACAUAUAUAUGGAACAGGCCUGGGCGGUGAAUCAGCCUUAUACCUGUAGUUACCCUGGAAACGUGUUUAAAAGCGAGUACUCUGACAUGGACAUGGCCCUGAAUCAGUACAACCAACCUGAAUAUUUCACAGAAGAAAAACCUACUUUUUCUCAAGUGCAGUCGCCAUCGUACUCUCAGAAGAAAGGGUAUAUACCCAGUUACUUAGACAAGGAUGAGCUAUGUGUAGUAUGUGGGGACAAAGCCACCGGAUAUCAUUAUCGCUGCAUCACUUGCGAAGGUUGCAAGGGUUUUUUUAGAAGAACCAUUCAGAAGAACCUCCAUCCAACCUAUUCCUGUAAAUAUGAAGGAAAAUGUGUGAUAGACAAAGUAACAAGAAAUCAGUGCCAGGAAUGUCGCUUCAAAAAAUGUAUCUUUGUUGGCAUGGCAACAGAUUUGGUGUUGGAUGACAGCAAGCGGUUGGCAAAGAGGAAGCUGAUAGAAGAAAAUCGAGAGAAGAGACGUCGGGAAGAGCUGCAGAAAACCAUUGGGCACAAACCAGAGCCAACGGAUGAGGAAUGGGAGCUGAUCAAAAUUGUUACUGAAGCACAUGUGGCCACCAAUGCACAAGGAAGCCACUGGAAGCAGAAAAGGAAAUUUCUGCCAGAAGAUAUUGGGCAGGCACCAAUAGUUAAUGCCCCAGAAGGUGGGAAAGUGGAUUUAGAAGCCUUCAGCCAGUUUACAAAAAUUAUCACACCAGCGAUUACAAGAGUGGUGGAUUUUGCCAAAAAGUUGCCUAUGUUUUGUGAGCUGCCAUGUGAAGACCAGAUCAUCCUUCUGAAAGGCUGCUGUAUGGAGAUAAUGUCCCUCCGAGCAGCAGUUCGCUAUGACCCCGAGAGUGAGACUUUAACACUAAAUGGGGAGAUGGCGGUGACAAGGGGCCAGCUGAAAAAUGGGGGUCUUGGCGUAGUGUCUGAUGCCAUUUUUGACCUGGGCAUGUCUCUUUCUUCAUUUAACUUGGAUGACACCGAGGUUGCCCUUCUUCAGGCUGUUCUGCUCAUGUCAUCAGAUCGCCCAGGCCUUGUUUGCGUGGAGAGAAUAGAAAAGUGUCAAGAGGGAUUCCUCCUGGCAUUCGAACACUACAUCAAUUACAGAAAACACCAUGUUGCACACUUUUGGCCAAAACUGCUGAUGAAAGUGACAGACCUGCGAAUGAUUGGAGCCUGCCAUGCCAGCCGCUUCCUGCACAUGAAGGUGGAGUGCCCCACAGAACUGUUCCCUCCGUUGUUCCUGGAAGUGUUUGAGGAUUAGAGAGACUGGAGCGGUUCUCCGCACCCCCGUCGCACUACUGGCUGUCAUUUCAUCCCGUUGCCCAGCUCUUCUCACCUCUGUUCUUCUUUCAUGCUCUUCUGUUUCUUGAGACGGGGUUGGGUUUUUGUUUGGGUUUUCUUUUGGGGUUGCUAGGGGGCAGUUGUAUACACAUGGAUGAAAACAUCCCUUUAAUGCGGGUACUUGUGACUAUUGCAAUUUGUUCUUCAGUCCUUUGGUGUGAGUGCUUUGACAGCUUAACAGUGAAAAUACGAACAGACCAAUCUCAUUCACCAGCACUUGUGUGGUCACCAGCUCACACACAUCAUUGCUUGAAAAAUAUGGGAGAGAAAUUGAAGUGGCAGAAAAUAAAUUGACCUUCAAGUUAAAACAGCUAUUGUUAAUUUGACCCUGGCAAUUCUGUCUAGUAUUACCCCCUUUUGCAGGGUACAGGUGACCAAUUCGUAAUAUGAAAUUUCUAGUUUUCAUGAUUAUUGCUAUUGUAACAAUUAACAUUAUGAUCUAGGGUCUUCAUCAUCAUCAUGAUCCCAUAAUUCUUUGAGGAUUGUUCCAGCAGAUACAGUUUAACUGUGCCCCAAUUACUUAAAAUAAUGCAGAAUGUUUAGAAGGGACUGACUCUAUUUUUUUUCCAUGUGUAUAAGAUAUUAAGAUCUUCAAUUACUAAAGUUGAACUCCAGGUAACUUCUCUGGAAGGUCUGUUGGAGUAAGAAGGGGAAUUUGAUCCUCUGAGGUGCUUUUUCUGAGAGUGAAGAGGUCUGCUUUUUCUGAGAUGCAUGGAAAAUCCAUCACUCUGAGGGAGAAGACUCUCUGUCAGGAUAGCAGGCAGUUCCUCAGAGUUAUUCAGGGAUAUGAGGGCUCACGAAAUGAGGAAAAGGAGAAUGAAACAUAUUGGGUGACGUUCAGAUGGGACAGAAGCCAACUGUGUUAUUAACGACACUCAAGACUGUACAGCUUUAUCCCAGUAAUCCAAAUAGUGUUGCUCAGCAGUAAUGCUUUGUUUUAUAUAUAUAUAUAAAGUUUAUAUGCACAUAUAUAUAUAAUUUUAUAUAUAUAUAAUUACAAAUCUUCAGCAGGUGUCUUAAACAUAUUUCCAUGUUUUUACCUUCUCUCUCCCCUUCUCUCACUCUCUACAUGCGUGUGCGUGUGCGUGUGGAUGCAUGUGGAUCAGCUAGGUUCUUCCUCCUUGGUGUCUGUUCAUGUUUUGUUUGGCUAGAUGCUCUCUUGAUUCUUUUAAUUUAUUUCCACUAACUGCACUAGCAGGAACCAAACUGAGCAAUGACAAAAUGUCCUGCUGCCGAAAUUCGCAAGCCAGUACUCACAGUCCUGGAAUGUUUGGAGGCCAGUGGUGAGGACAUUAUAGGUAGAGGUUCCUCUCUGUCAUCCAUCUCCAUUCAGGGUUGUUAUCCCUGUGUUUUAUAAACUUGAUAUUAAACCAUUCUCUGAAUUUGUAUGAUACAUCAAAACCCUCCUUCUGUUCUUCCUGGGAACCAGAGACUUAGCUCACGUAUUUUGCACUUCCUCAUACCCUACGUUCUUUCAUGUUGUGCAUUCAUUUGUACCAGUUUCUUUCUCUGCUAUUUAUUGACCUAUUUGCCUGGCAAGUCAGUGGGCAUUGUUAGGGUGGACGUGUUGACUUUCAAAGCUCAUGGCCCAAAUCUCAACCCAUAUGUUUUGUGUUUAUCCCUUCACAAAAACAUGAUACUCAGGAAAACUUAUAGGUGGAACACAGUAUAUGUGUGUCAGGGGUUAAAUUCUUUCCACCCCCCUUUCCCUACAUCAUUGAGAAGGCAUUGGAGUGCUAUUGACCAUGUUUGCAGGGAUGCAGAAUCUUGUUCUCCCUGUUCUUUGAUACUAUAUGCACCUGUGAUGAGCUGUGAGCACUGAUGUUAUCACUUAGGGGGUUUUUGUCAGAACAUAAAACACAAUGGGGUGUUUAGGGUUUUUUUGCAGAUAGCGGGGAAGACAGGCCAGUGGGGAUUAAUUCUUACGUAUUUGCUGAGGUUGAAGAACCUCUUGCUCCAUUUUGAAGUAUGCAUCUAAGCAACACCAGUCUCUAUCCAAAUUCCUUGUAGAGCACUGUCUUGGAGACAGAGUCAGAAACUAGCUUUUUGGAUAGCUGAUUUGGGGUGAUUUGAUAGGGAACCGAUAGGAUAUAGGAAAUGUAGAAAAGAAGCUGAUCCCUUACUUGUGUCUAUGCUUGUAAAGGAAAGAGAAAUGUGCAUGUCUUUUGGAGUUCUCUUCUGCCACGGAUCUGAGCUUGUUGUUCCUCCUGCAGCCAGUGCAAUUACCUCACCCGUUUGCUCAAUGUGAGCUUGAUUUAGUGUUCCAGCUUUUGACUGUGCCACGGAUGAGACCCAGGAGAAAAAACGUCAUAUUUCUCUUAGUUCCAAAAAAGCUGAUGCAGUUUGGAGCUGUGCUUAAUCAGGGUUCAGAAAAAUCAGGCCUCCUUCCUUAGGUGAGUGCAGAUGGACUGAAGUGCCUAAAAUCAGGCAACCAACUUUGACAGGUUCGGCAGUGCUCUUAGCAGAAAGGACAUACAUCAACAUCCUUUUCUAGCUUUUUAGAUUAAAUUGGAGUCUGACACUGAUUAACAGUGAGAUAGUAGUAUUCCUUAAUUGAAAACUAAGACGAAGCUCUUAGUUGGACAGAUUUGAUGUACUGACAUCUAAUGGCCUCUAAUCUCCUACCAGUCUUACUUUGUGUGACUUCAUUUACUUCCUCAGUACAACUGCUGAUUUGUGUGAUCAUGAGAGCAAAACUAGACCACAUGAGGAUGCUCUUGCAGACUCUUGCCAGUGGAUACUGACCUUAGUUCUGCCAAGACAUACAUGCUUUUAAAUAUCAGUGGUCUCAAGCCAUCGCGGCAUUGAGCCACUGCAAGUGACCACCUCAGUGGCAGACAACAGUACUGUAGUCAGCACCCUUUGUAGUAACUGGCCUUCUGAGUGAAAUAACAAGCACACACAUUCUAGUGCAGUCCAGAGUCUCGUUUCUGAUGGUGCCACGUAGCUCUUAUGUUUGCUUUGUGGUCUAUGUGUGGGUCUUACACAGAAGAUUUUUCCUGUCAAACCUGAUUGUCACCGUUCAUGGUUUCGCCCUGAGUAACAUGUGCAUUUAGACACUCAUUUCAUGUGUAAUCUCAGUUAAGUUAUGAUAUUUAUAAUGACAUAUAUAGCGUGUGAUAAUGAUUUUUGUUUACAUUCUGCCAAAAUGUAGACGUUAGAGUUAGACCUCCAAGGUUGAAAAUCAUCCUUGAGCAGACUGCUUGCAUCUUCAGAGGCAGGCAUCAGAAAGAGAUAAAAACUAUCCAGAAAGACCAUUUAUAUCAGAAAUCUGCCAAGAGAGGGCUGUUGAUCACAAGCGGAGCAUGUCAUUGCUAGUGAUGUAUUUUUAUGCUAUGGAACUCUAAUCUGUAUGUGUCAUAUUGACUUCUUGCUGCAUGAAUCAUAAAUUAUAAAAAUCAAUCUUAUGGUUUUGAGAUGUAGCCAGCAUUCCUAAGGCUAAACCUUUUUCAUUGACAGAAUCAAAAUCCACAACCAAGGAACGUUUUCCUCUCACUGUGAGAGCAAUUGAAAGUGUUCAACAUUUAUCUUUUCACAAAGGAAGAGGCAUCAGAACCUCUUAAUGUGUCUUGUUAUUGUGAUCAUCUGGAAAUGAUUGCCAGACGUUUCCUUUUGAUAUAGUAAUGAAGUGAUCUGUAUUUAAAUUUUAUAGAGAGAAUUUUAUUCUAGUGCGAUAGAGAUUUAUUUUCCACUUACAGACUCAAAACGGUGUGAGCACGUUUUUGGUUUUGUUUUUUUUUUUUUUUUACUAUGGUAUAUUUUUGCUUUAAAAUUAAAAACAAAAAAAAAAAGGUUUGGCCUUAUCACAGAGUUUUAGUAUAGAUGUUAGCAAAUGCAAAGAGUAUGCAUUAUUUGUGUGUAUCCACAUUGACUGAUGUCGCCUUCAAAAAGCAAUAUUGUGCAGGUAAUAAGUUGUUUGUGACUGUCCAUUGCACAGUUUACCUUCUUUAAAAGCUAACCUUGUUUAUGCACAAGACAAUCAAAUGUAAAUCUACAUCAGCACCCGGGUGUGGAUUAAAUUUAUGUAAAUUACUGAGCACAAUGUAAAACAUUAAAAGACACUUUAUUUAAUUACACAUUUAAUGUCGGUAAAGAUAGUAUCAGGGCAUGAACUAGCUGACAUACUGUAAUUUCUUUUUUCCUACUUCCUUAGCACUCUUCAGUUUUAGUUUGCUCAUAAAUACAUCAAAUUAGUAAUUCAUAAUUUUUUUGAAGAGAAGGGUGGUUUGGGUUGUUUAUUUGUUUUUAUUAAGUUGGUUGGGAGGACUUAUUAUUUUGUCUAUGAGGUUUGUGGGUUUUGCUUAUUUGGUUUAUUUUUUUAAUAUCAAUUUCAUGCCCUGAGGGUAAGGCAAACAUUACACCGUACAGUAAAAAAACAAAGUACCUUGGAUGAUGUAUUUUUUUGCAAACAGUGUUAAGAGUUAUGCUAGAUUGGUAAUAUUUUUUCAGCCUAAAAUAUAUUAAAAAAAAUCUGUGAUCACAAAUGUUUUAAACUAUCUAAAGAGAAAAUUUGUAUAUUUGGGGGAAGAAAAUAAUUUUUACAUAGCUUUUGUAUGCAGAUAUUAAAAUGUAAUUAUGAAUAUAGUGGGCAUAGAUAACUGUGUAAGCUUGAAUUCUAAAAAAGAAAAAGCUUAUAACUGAAAAGU